GUUCGCUCUUUCGCACCCCGCAUCAUGCUCUCGCACACACACAACAGAGCUCCGAGUCGGAGUGAACCGCCUUGCACCGACACCGAGCGUGUAAGCGCGCGCGCUCCAAAGCCUGCUGCCGAUGAACGCUUCGUUCAGUUUGAAGUUGACGCGCGUGGAAGGUAAAUGCGCCUUUUUUGCGGAGCCGUUGCGUUUGAACCGCGGGUCGAUUGAUAUACUAACAUUGUAGUGCAGCAGGAUAAAGGUAAUUUCGUGCACGGCGUUCGAUCACACGUGUGUAUUUAUGUGAUUCGGAUUGUUUUUUUUUUCAAACGGUUUUAAAAAAAACGGAUGCAACAGAUGGUGCCCAUAACGGAACAAAAUCUUGAUUUGUGUCUGGUGAAAAAGGUGCUGUGUGUGUUGUAAUGUGAAGCAGUUUGUCUUUUAUAGUCCGUUACGAUGAUUACGCUUCGUUAUCAUCCGCUUUGUGAGUUGUUGACCGCAAGGCGCUCGUGGCCAAACCGUACAACAGCCCACUCGAGCCGCAGUUGCAGCGUGCGAUUUAUUUAUCGUAAUUUAUUUAUUGUCGCAUGUCGCAGAACGGGCGAUACUUCAAAACGGUGUUUGAUGUGGUGGUGGUGGUGAUUGUGGUGUAGUACAAUAAAAAAAAACAGAAUCGUCUAUCGUCUAUCAUUCGUGUGCAUUCGUUGGUGCUGCUGUUGUUGUUGUUUAGUAGCUUCAAUAUAUGUGAUGUCGUCAGCACAAAUCCACCACAUGCCUACUGCAAUCUGCCUUCAAGCGGUUCCUCACGAUCAUCCCGCACACGCUCGAUCGCUUGCUCUCUCGCUCUCUCUCUCUCUCUCUCUCUCUCUCUCUCUCUUUGUCGCGAAGGGUUGCAAAGAAAGGGGUGGUGUUCGGUGUGGAGGUGUGCUCUAUUCCGCGGGCUCUAUUCUGAUGCACACGUGUCGCACAGUUUAGCCCACCCCCUUUCCACCCUUUCCGUGUCCCGUGUAGAGAAGUGACCUUGCUCUUGGGUGUGCACGGGGAGAACGGGCGUGUGUGCAGUGCUGGUGCUUAGAAGCACUAUUACAUCCAUCAUUAGUGUGGGAGAGAGAAAGAGAGCAAACCAGUAGAGAUAACAGCAAGAGUGCAAUUUGUUUAGAGCCAGCUUGCAACUUGCAUCAUCGACGGUUGCACAGUGUCUUGCUGCCGGAAGCAUUACGUGCGUACAUGCCCUUUAGUGUAUGCCCUCUUUACGUGUGUGUGUGUGUGUGUUAGUUUCGGUUUGUGCGUGUAUGCUAGAGUAAAGAAUGCAAUUCUACCUGAAUGAAUGGAAGCACACACACACACCCAACGUGUUGAAAGCUGUUGCAUCAAGAAUAUGCAGCGGUAUGCACUUUUUUGCAGAAUGUACAAGUUACGCGAUACGCAUUAAACGGUAGCGUGGUGUUGGUGUGGCUUAGUGUUUGCGUUUUGUGCAAUGUUUGCGGUUUUGAAUGUCACCGAGUGGCAGUAGUGCGGUGAUGGGAUGAUUAGAAAGAUCGAUUAAUUAACUGCGUUUCUGACGGUGUGUUUGUGUGUGUGCUGUUUGUACAGUGUGUUGUGUGUGUUGAGUGCUGUAAAAUGUCUGAAUCACUAUACCAAGAGUUGAGUGAAUGUUAUCGUAAAAUCAAACGGAGGCGCCUGGUGUUUGCCUUUUUGCUGGCUGAUGCUCGUUAACGUUAUCUACCUCUCUCUCUCUAUAUAUUCAUAUAUUUGCGUGUAUCUGUGCGAUAAGGCAAAGAUCAUGUGAAUGAAACACCACCAACAACUCUAACGACUGUGUGAAAGCAUCCGUUUUGCGUCCGAAUACAUCAUCGGCUUAGUGUGGAGUGGAAAUCGGCUUAGUAUCGGGGUUUGGUGGCCGUGUGUGUGUGUGUGUUUGUAUCUUUACACAGCUAUAAUUUGCACCUAUUCGUAUCGUUUUCCCGUACUGCUGAUGAUGUUGUGGAAGCAAUGUUUUGCAUUUUGAUGCCACCGUCUCAGAAUCAGAACCUAUCAUUACGCGCGGCAAGCUGCACGUAGGGUUUGAAACGUAAUUGGUAACCUGAGAGUCUAGCGGUUCUAGGUGGAUCCAGCAUUUUUAGUUUGAUUUGUUGUGUUUCCAAUUCCUGUUAGAAAUGUUUGUGAAAUUUGUAUAUUUGAACUCUACGUUCGCUGUUAUUCUCUUUGGAGGUAUUGAGAUGUUAUAUUUGCAUGUUUGGUCUUCUUCUUCUUGCAUGGCGUAACGACCACCGCGGUCAUGUCGUUCUAGGGUUUCGAGGCUUAUUGAGUAUCACACAGCCGGAUAGUCUGUCCACUCUACGAAGGAGCGGUCCGUCCAUAUGAGUUUUGAACUCACGAUGGGUAUGUUGUUAAGUCGUGCAAGUUGACACAACUGUACCAUAGGACUGCGUCUACCAUAUUCUAGUUUGAACUUAGUUUGAAGAAUACAUUGAAGAUAUAGACACAAUUCUGAAUAUUUUGGGAAUUUGGUAGGACCUACAGAACUAAGCAUAGAAUGAAGCUACAUUCUUCAACUUUUUUUAUCUUUGCCUAUAUUGAUAAUUGAUGGUUAUCACACGAUUAGAUACGCUCUGGAGUACAUGCAGACAUCCUAUUUCACUCAUUGAUUGGUUAUCUUCUAUGGUAUUAGGGCCUUAAUUAUGAGUUCCCCUUGUUCUAGAAGCUCUAUCACCGGCUUAGAUACUCUCUGGAGUAUAUACAGGCAAUAUGCAUUGUUUUUGGUCCAUCAGAUGUAUUGUAUUGUAUGUCUGUUUGAAAUCCUUCUACUAUGGAAGGGUCUUCUUUGUUCAACUUUAAGCGCUUGUCUGUAUGUCAUAAGUUCAAAUUUCGACUCUAAAUCUCAUCACACCUGGCAACACACCUUUAUGGCAUUUUCUGAAUAGCAGGAAAAUAACAUAAAUUUUGAUGUGUUACGAACUUCAGAUCCGAGAUCUGUUGAUAUUAUUUUUUUUAAUUCCAAAAUCAGAAUUGAACGCAAAAACCAUGAUUUUAAGCAUGAGUAUCAAACGCAUCAUACAUCGCACAAAUAUGAACUCUACUGAGUGGUAUAGGCGAUGGACAUUAGCACAGGUUCUCGGGCUCUCAUUACAUCAAAUGUAGUUGAACACGUCAAACCCAACGUACAACACGUAAAUUUCCCCCAACGCUGGCCAAGAAUCGGUAAAACUGUACCUGUUCCUCGUCAUUGUCGGAGCGUGUACAGCAAACUCAGAACCAAUGGUGCAAUUUGCAACAAAACUUCUACCGGGGCGGCUGUCUGUGUGAGUGCGUGUGUGUGUUUGUAAGCCAUCCAGCACUGGUUCCCGGUCCCGAAACCGCAAAAGUGCCGUGCGCUCGCAAUCCAUCACACUUUCCGACUCCGAUUCAUUUUACCAUUUGCAAUACCCUCCAACUCUGGUCUGGUCUUUUUUUUCUACAAAGCUGGAUGAAGAAUGGAGAGGAGUGAUGGAAGAGACACAAAGAACGGUGCGGAAAGAAGAGGAAAAUGGUUGGAUAUUUUCUGUCGUCCAUAUCGCAAUGUUUCGAAUUUCCACCCCUACCUGUCUGCCGCUUCCUCCCAUCAUCGUCCCAUCAUUGUUACAUCAUCAUCCAGCCUGAAGAAGAGCCUGUUGAAUAACGCACAACCAACCUAUCCUGCCCCACUCCUGCCAGUCACAGGCAACAAGGGAGAGUUUUUCCACAACAGUGGAGGAGGAGGAGGAGUAGGAGUUUACGAUCGUUACAGCUAGGGCUAGAAAGAGAGACAGAGAGAAAGAGAGGUUGAGAAACAGGUGUACCACCAAACCGUUGCAGUUUGAAAAAUAUUCUCCCUCUCACUCGUUCGCUCCUUUUUUUUGUCUCGUUGUCCUUGGUGAUACCUGUGCCAGCAUGUUUGCUUUGAUGGAUUGCAGAGGACUCAACGUCUCGUUUGCUCUCUCUCACACACACACUCACACCACGGCAUUCGAACGACGCGUACAGGGUAGAUUAUAGGAGCAGGAUUAGGUGAUGGAGGCGCCCAGGAGAGGAAACCAGGAGGACAAAAACCCUGGUGCCUGUGUUUGCGUAAUGGGAAAUUUACCUGUUUUUCUUCCGAAACGGUAUGCGUUUUUCCCCGGACGCAGUGUAACGCUCGUGCCGGUGUUGCUGCGUACCCUUCUGCUGCAUGCGAUGGUGCAAUUGUGAUGGUGCUGCGUGUGCAGCUGUAGCAUGCAGAUGCACAAAGUGAAGGUUGGAAAAAACGGACGAUACGGUGCGAAACAGAUGGAGUAGUUUAAAUGGCAGACGAGAUUGAAAAGUGUGAUUUAUCGUAUUAGUUUGUUUGUGUUAAAUUAUUGCGAACAGAUGUAACUAAAAAGUGUGCAAGUUUGUUUGCUGGUGGUGGAGUAACAUUACAGAUACCGUUUUGAAAUGAAAGCACCGGAAAAGGCAAUAACACUGAGCGCAAUUAGUGGUGUAUAUCCCAUAUGGUCAUGUUAGGUGCCGUUGUGAGUUGUUGAUCGAUCAACGCUUGAACCUGAACCACACAACAACUGACCAGUUUUGUGGUACAAUCGAACCAAUUCCAAUCUAGCUGAGCAAGUUGUAAAGCGAAUGAGACCAGUUUUGAAACAGUGGAAACCGGAAGUGCGUGCGUACUAAGGUGUGCAAAUGCAUAACCAUACGGUGAUAUUCGUUCGAAAGUCUGCCAACUGCUGGUCCUACACUAAGCACUCGGUUGAAGCCGGAACAAAGACACCGGCCCGAGCACGGUUGCGGCGGAAAAUUGCUGCUUAGCUUUAAUUAAGUUAGCGUCGCAAGGUUGUCUCCGGUUCAGUGUGAUUUCAAGAGAAAACUGACCGGUCGCCAACAUAGGGACAGGGAGCUGCGCGUAACCCCGGGAAACCAGCAAAAUUCACGGCAACAAUUCAAACACACACACACACGCACACAAACGCACAAAAAAGUGUCAAAAAGGGGAAAAAAGAAGUUCCGUUGCCAUACCAUCGGUUCCCGCUUCCCGAGUACCGAUCUGUCCUGCCCUCGUUUACCCGGUUCUGUGCGCCCUUUUUUUCUUCUUCCAAUCCACCCCCACACCCACACAUUUGAUUGAUUGUUCCGAUGGUGCCAGGGAAAAACAGUGAGUGAGUGAAGGGGGGGACAAAAAGAAGGGAAGCAAAAUAAGUACCUACGCUUCCGUGUGUUUCUGUGCGUGUGUGCGGUGAAUCAGAUAAUGAUCGCGUGAACCUCACUACCAUGGUGUUAGUGAGAUGGUGCGUCGUGGUGAAAUACGAGCUCGCCUAGUGGAACACGGCCGAUGACGUAAGCAGCGAUACAGGUAGUGUACUGACGAGUGUUUUGGGGAAUAGGUGGCGCUACCAGCGCGUGUAUCAGUGUUUGAAAAGUGCCAAUCAAUAGUGUUACGAAAUGUUACAAAAGUACCCAAAAAUGAUUUGAAAGUGAUAAAUUUAUUGUCGUGGAGGAAUAUUUAUAAUAACGUAUAGUGCGUGGUUCACACUGAAACAAAACAAAAAACGGACAAUAGUGUGAAGUUACGCGACAUCCUGGAGAGAACAACUGGACCAAAGAUUUGUGAUAUACGGCCAGCCAGCUAGAACGGCUACCUUGCAUCCAAUGCCUAGGCAAAGUAUGGCCCUUCGAUCUGGCGACCUUUGGUGUCAUCAUUUGGAACGCUCGCUACCGUGCUAUCCGUUUGCAAACGUCACCUAAACGCUUGGAGGGGAAAAAACAGGGUGCGCACUCUUUCGCACCCCCAGAGCUAGAGAAGAAGAGACUCGUGCAGCAUUCGUUGGAAGUAGCAGUAGAGCACGAACUCCCCGGUCACUACUCGGCUAAGGAAAAUUCGUAUUGUUUUGUCUGUGUGUUUUCUUUUAGGAGCGUUACGCCGUCUCGGUGCGCGAUCGCUUAGUGUAAGAAAGAGAGAAUAAAGCCUUCUGUGAGAAACCAUUUUCCUGUGUGUGCGUGCAGCCCGGGGAAUACCGGGCAACGGCCACAAGAUUGAGGAACUAAAGCACAACCCCGCCCGGGGGUCCUCCCUGUUCGACGAGGUGGACGGAUACGGCGGGUCGAUCGAUCUCGAUCAUCACCAUCACCAUCACCACCAUCAUCACCAUCACCAUGCGGAUUCGUAUUCGGCCAUGGAUGAGGAUCCGGACGACAAGGAUGACACGAAACGCAAGUCCCGCAAUCUGAGCGAGAAGAAGCGCCGCGAUCAGUUUAACCUGCUGGUGAACGAGCUCAGCUCGAUGGUGUCCUCCAACAGCCGGAAGAUGGACAAGUCGACCGUGCUCAAGUCGACGAUCGCGUUCCUGAAGAGCCACAACGAGAUAGCGGUGCGGUCGCGCGUGCACGAGAUCCAGACCGACUGGAAGCCCUCCUUUCUCUCGAACGAAGAGUUUACCCACCUGAUACUGGAAGCGCUGGACGGGUUCAUCAUCGUGUUCUCCUCCACCGGGAGAGUAUUUUACGCCUCUGAAAGUAUUACCUCGCUGCUAGGGCAUUUACCGAGUGACCUUCUGAACAUGACCGUGUACGAUAUGGUGUACGAGGACGACCAGAACGAUCUGUACAACAUACUGCUGAACCCGACGACGGUGGUCGAUCCGCUGCAGACGGGCAUCAGCCGGGAGAACCAGGUCACCUUCUCCUGCUACAUCAAGCGCGGCACGGUCGACUAUCGGGCGGACGUGUCGUACGAGCAUGUCCAGUUUACCGGCUACUUUCGUAGUGACGUCGACACUGAGUCGCUCAUGACGACGUCCCGGUUCAGCGGGUACACGAGCGAUGCCGACUCGCGGCUCGUGUUCGUCGGGACGGGCCGGCUCCAGACGCCCCAGCUCAUACGCGAAAUGUCGAUCGUGGACAACACCAAGAGCGAGUUCACGUCCCGCCACAGCCUCGAGUGGAAGUUCCUGUUUCUCGACCACCGCGCGCCACCCAUCAUCGGUUACCUCCCGUUUGAAGUGCUGGGAACUUCCGGGUAUGACUAUUAUCAUUUUGACGAUCUGGAAAAGGUGGUGGCUUGUCAUGAAGCAUUGAUGCAGAAGGGCGAAGGGACCUCGUGCUACUACCGGUUUCUCACCAAGGGCCAGCAGUGGAUCUGGCUGCAGACGCGGUUCUACAUCACCUACCACCAGUGGAACUCGAAGCCGGAGUUUGUCGUCUGCACGCACCGGGUCGUGAGCUACGCGGACGUGAUGAAGCAGAUGCGCAACCAGACGGCGGGUGACAGCAAGUUCUCGGAGGACGCGGACAGCAUCAGCGUGCACGGGAUCGAGCGAAAGUUUCAGCAAUCGUCGUCCCAGAGCCUGCUGGCAACCUCGCCCUGGAGCUCGAAGAGUUCGCGCACGUCCCGGAUCGCCCCGACGCCGGGCGUCUCACCGACGGGGCUGUCCAAUCGGGGCCGCCAUCGGUACAACACGUACCAUGGGCCUGGGUCGGAUUCGGCGACGUCCAUUUCCACGGAAUCUCACACCAGCCGGCAGUCGCUCGUGACGCAACAUUCGCGCUCCCGCAUGCGUACCAGCACGUUCCCGUCGAAGGUUUCCUCCCACGGCAGCCAGUCGGACAGGAACUCCAUGUCCCAUUUUCUGCUGCAGCAGCCGCAACAACCGCACGGCGGUCAUCAGCUAGCGUCCGGCCAGUUGCAGCAUCAGCAGCAGCAUCUACCGCAACAGCAGCAGCAUCAGCAGCAGCAGCAACAGCAGCCCCAACAUCCGCUUCAACAUCAACAGCCUCACCCGCUGCUGCAGCCCCAUCAACAGCUGCAGGGCCACCAAGCGCAGCAACCACAUCAGCAGUUGCCGCCGCAACAGCAGCCACACCCGGCGAUGAUACAAAACCCAACGGACGUAUACCCGCAUCAGCUACAGACUCAACAUCCUCUCCAGCAACAACAACAGCAGCAGCAGCAGCCACAACAACCCUCACAGCAACAACAGUCCCACCAGCAGCUAGCUGGACUGCAGCAGCCCGGAACAGUACAGCAGCAACAAUCACACCAACAACCACAACACCAACAACCACAACACCAACAACCACAACAGCAGCAGCCACCACUCCCGCAACCAUCAACCACGGCCGCGUUACGGCCGCCGCCCGCCACCAUCAUUACCCCGCCGGUCACGCAGAUCCUCACGGCGACCGGGUUCAUCGAGCCGCAGCAGUAUUUGACCGCCAUCCCGGUGCAGUCGGUCGCCGGCUUUACCGAGACGGCCCCGGGCGUACUGUCGCCGAUCCAGUCCACCUCACCGCACGGGGCGUACGCGGUGGCGCACCAUCCGGCCGUUACCGGGACGGGCGGCGUCGUCCUAACGCCCAGCCAGAACCAGGUGCAGGAUCAGCUGCAGCGCAAGCACGAGGAGCUGCAGCACCUGAUACUGCAGCAGCAGGAAGAGCUGCGGCGGGUGCAGGAGCAGCUACUAAUGGCCCGGUACGGUCUGCUGCCGUCGAUCGUUUCGCUCCCCUUUCCACCGGGCACGGGAAACGGGCCGGGACCGGGCCCGAGCGUUGGACCGCCUGGGGAACGGUGCGCUAGCGGUGGUUCGUUUCUGCAGGCCCAUCAUCAGGGAAACUCGUACCAUCAUCACCAUUACCAUCCUUCCGCGGCACAGGCACAGCAGCAGCAACAGCAGCAGCAACAGCAACAUCCUCCCAGCCAUGGAGGAGUGCACCAUGCACAGCAGCCACAGCAUCCGCUGCAAGAUCAGCAACAGCUUUGCAUCGGCCCGCCGGACCAGAAACCGAUCCUGCAUCCCGACCCGGAGCAGCUCAACUUUACCGACACCGGGCAGGGGAAGCUGGGCGAACCGAACGAGAUGAUAUCGUACAUGCAGUUGACGCCGGUCCCGCUGCACCAUCUCCAGCACCAAUCGAGCCAAUCGUCCACCUCGUCCACACCCGCCACGUCCAUGAUGAGUCAGCAGCAGAAGCAGCAUCAGCAGCAGCAACACCAGCAGCAGCAGCACAUGCAGAUGGGUGCUCCGCCCGACGGUGGCACUGGAGCGGGUGGGAACAGCAACAAUAACAGUAAUGGAAACACCAUGGGACUGUUGCAGUACCAGAUGGCGGCGGAACAGGCGCAAAUCCUGUUCACGUCCGGCAUGGAGCAACAGCAGGGCCAGCAGCAACAACAACCCGCCGUUCAACAGCAACAGCAGCAGCAGCAGCAGCAGCAACAUCAAGGUGCAGGUAGUUCCGAUGCCGGUUCCAGGACCUGUCCCUCGCAAACUAGUGAAAUGUAGAUUGUAGUACGGUAACAGGGACACAGAAGUGAUUUCAACCGAAAAAAAAUCCAUCGAGCUUAACACAACGAAUUGUUCGAUCGUGCGGUGAGGUUUUGUAGACGAUUAUUGUUAACUAUUGUAAACGGUAUGUAUGUAUGUAUGUAUGUAUGUAAACACAGUGCGGGGAAGAAACUCCUCCCGCAGCAAUUUUUUUGUAAAGCUAUACCUGUACACACACACACGGGGACGAGGUUAUUAGCUUGUCCAUUUACCAAAGAAGCAUAAUUCUGUAGAGAAGGGGAAGCGGGGAGUUUAUACUGCAAGUUAUACAAACUAUCUGAUAGAUACCACUACCAUAUACUACUUAGAGCCUAAUGAGCCAUCGUACUACUAAGAUUAUCUUGUAAGGGAUUGAGAGAGAGAGAGAGAGAGAGAGAGAGUGCGAUCAGUCACAAAGGGUCUGUCUUGAUGUAAAAUAGAAGAGCUGGAAAGGAAGGGAAGAAGAGAGCCUAGAGGCUUAGUGUGAAGUUAGCCAUCAACAAAAAAACUGUGGUGAUAAUUGCAGGUUUCUUUUAGGCCGUAAGAUAGAGAUCAGGUCUUUCGGAAGGUCUCUUUAAGUCGGUUUAGUAGUUUGUUAGACCAAAAAAAUGGGAGGCCAUGGGGACCACCACACCAGAGCACGGUGGUGGCGUAGGAAGCAUUUUUACUGUAUGCAUGGAUGUGUGUAUUUUCACACAGUUUAGGCAUUUCUUUCGGUACCACGACGGAUGAUGUUCGAGUUGCACCGGGAGUUACAGAACGAUCAUUGAAUGCGGAAUACUUUGCGCUUAUCGAGUUGCAGAGGUACCAAGGGAAGGGAAGGGAUUGUAGGAGGAUUGAAGGAGAAAUAAAUGAAACAAUGACAAACGUGGGGUUGAAAGCGGAA